UCUAAUUCUCCGCUUCAAAUCAUCCUCACUCACGAUAAUUCAGCUAACACUUUUACUACUCUGCCUUCCUUCAAGGCUCUUUAUAUUUUGAAAAAUGUCUGGUCGUGGAAAGGGAGGCAAGGGUUUAGGCAAGGGCGGAGCCAAGCGUCACCGUAAGGUUCUCCGCGAUAACAUCCAGGGUAUCACAAAGCCAGCAAUUCGUCGUUUGGCUCGUAGGGGUGGUGUUAAGCGUAUCAGUGGUUUGAUCUACGAGGAGACGCGAGGUGUUCUUAAGAUCUUCUUGGAGAACGUGAUUCGCGAUGCUGUGACCUACACUGAGCACGCUAGGAGAAAGACCGUGACGGCUAUGGAUGUGGUCUAUGCGCUCAAGAGGCAAGGCAGAACCCUCUACGGUUUUGGAGGUUAAGUUGUUGGACGGUGGCUGAUUGUUAAUAGAUCUUGACUCUAGAUCUUGAUCCUGAUUACAGUGAUUAGUUAUUUUGUUAGUAAAAUUGUUAUUCUGUAAUCCUCUGUUUCUUGUUUAUGUUGGAUCGAUAUAAAUUCUAGUUUUCUAGAAA